UCACUCCUAAUCACUGUCAACUAUCAACGGCCGUGAUUGAGAGCGUCCUGCGACUACAAACAAUUGUCUCCUUUUCCUUUCAUGAGAACUUUGGAGUUGUUGUCAAACUUGGACCUUAUGAACCAACACUGGAUUUACAUUUGAAGAAAAACAAGUUAGCUUCAUGUCAGAGUAAAGUGGAAUACUUAUCAAAUCUUCACAAGGAAAUACUAAACAUCGUAAGGAAUCGCAAUAAUGUUUCUUUAUGAACUUGUCUCACACGUCAGCAUAUGUUUCGCAUCUUCAUAAACUUAAGCAUGUAACCUCUUGUUGCAUUUAGUAAGCAUAACAUGCCUCUGUUCCUUAGUAAAUGCGUUCAGAUUUCCUAAAGACUCGGAAUUUGCGUUUCUCCUCUAGUCCAGUAAAGUUCUGCAACUGGUUUUGAUUCAAAACUGAGUCUCACCUCAGUUUAAACUUAUAUCAGCCGCCCACAAGAGCUGGUCGACUUCAGUCAUGAAUGUGCCAAGGUGCUCUGGAGUUUGCGCUAUGAUGAGAGUUCUGGCUCUGUUUAUUCACGUUAUGUCAACGACAGCAAAGAGACACGUUGUAUACUGGAACUCCACAAAUACACGGUUAACAGGAGAUGAUUACUCUGUCCAGGUCAAUCUGAGUGAUUAUCUGGAUAUACUGUGUCCACACUAUCCUGCCGACCCCCCGUCUAGCGGCCCUGUGGAGACUCUGGCUCUCUACCUGGUGGCUGAGGGCCAGUUCAGGGGCUGUGUGGAGACUAAAGAGGCCAUUAAGAGAUGGGAGUGCAACCAGCCGUUCGCUCCCUAUGGCCCUGUCAGAUUCUCUGAAAAGAUCCAGCGCUUCACACCCUUCUCCCUGGGCUUUGAAUUCCUGCCCGGACGCCAUUACUACUAUAGCUCACUAUCCACAGACGACGGACCCCCCCUCCCAUGUAUGAAACUACGAGUCAAUGUGUGUUGUCCACCGACAACAGCUGAAUCAUCAAGACAAGAAGCCACAGUGAGACCGUCACACAGCAGCGCUGUCCAUCUGAUGACAGUCGGACGACUUUCUCUCCUCCUCAUCUUCCUCUUAUUGCCUUAUUUUCUCUAAUAUCCCUUUUUAAAAUGUAAAACCUAAAAACAAGUGCUCUGUUGCGGCUGAUAUUCCUCCAUAACCAGUUGCAUUACAGUAAAUGCUUGUUCUACUUCUGUGGAUUACACACACACAGAUCGACAGACUCUCUCUCUUUCUCGUACUCCUUUGCUCUGUCAUUUUUGUCACGCUAUUAAUCUCCAUCCCUCCAUUUCCUUUCUGGCAGUCUCUCUCUCUCUCUGUCCACUCUCAGUGGCUUCUUACUCCUGUCUGCUCUGAUAAAAGUUCACUCUGUAACAGAGCGACACUAAUCUACCUUCAAAGAGCUUAUCUUACUGUUCAUUUUCUUUUAAUCCAUCUGUCCUUAAGAGUCAGACAUUCCUUUACAAGCCCCUGCUCCCUCUCUGUCCUACUGUACAACAAACUGAGCCAAAGACGAGGAGGAUGAAGCUCCCGCUCCUGCGGUUUGUACUACUGAGUGGAAGAUCAGGGACAGAGUGACCAUUCAUACAUGUGAUCACUAACAUAUCCAAUGAUCAACAACUUUUUUUAUUUUUUUUUUAUUUUUUUUUUUCUCCUCUCUUUGAAAAAAGGAAUACAUUGAAACCAAAGCCAGACCACAGCAUUUAAAAAUGAUUUUGCUGUAUUGACUUUAAGCAACCUGUCAGAACUCUGGAAUAUCCUGGAAUUUUUGUUCAGCUUUAUUUGAAAUUUGGAAUUUGUGUGACUGAGUGACGGCCUGCCUGGACCACGCAGGAAGAGAAAGAACUACUUCCUGUUCAUCACUUGUGGGGCAUGAUCAGUCAUUUCCCAGUCAUUGUGUGUUUGCGUUUAAUAAGGCACUUAAUCAGGUUCAUUCAACAUCAUUAUUUGUUUGUUUUUUCACAUUAUUAUUUGGGUAUGUGAAUUAUAUGUAACGAAAGUGUUCGUUUUGUUUAACUUGAUGAGGGAAUAUGCAAAAUAUUUUUCGUGAUCCAUAUCCAUAAGCAAUCUGUUCUUUUUUUCAGAUAGCAAUUAAGCAAUCUGUUUUUUGUUUUUGUUUUGUUUUUUCAGAUAGUCUGAAAUAAUGCAUUGAUUAUAGAGAAAACAAUAUCCUUAGUGUUGUUUAAUGUCUUUUUUAACCAUUUGUUUAAUUUUUAAAAGAGGAUUUCUUAAGAUAUUUUAUUUACUGUAAAUUUGAACAUGGAAUAUUCAUAUUAUCAGGAAAAGAAAAAACAAUAUUGUUUUAAUGCUUAUAUCUAAUAUAGAUAUAAGCAUCAUUUGUUUGUUUUCUCACAUAAUUAUUGAUCCUCUUAUUGGUAUGCAAGAGAAUCAAAAUAGCCUAAAAUACGAAAAGCUGGAAAUAUUUAUAUUUAAAUAAUUUAAGUAUUUUUCAGAUGUAUUUGUUUUUGUUUUUUUUUUAAUGAUUGUUUAAAAUUAAUAUUUUUUUUCAAUUCAGUUCUAAUAGUAAAGUCAUUUUGUCCCCUUUUUUUAAGUUUUAAAAGUUUCAAUACACAUUCUGUGGUAAUGAUAAAUGUUUUGUUUUUGUUUCUCUAGUUUCUGAUGGUUUUCUGUUAAUUUCAUAUUUUCAGAUUUAAAUCAUGUCUGCCAAAACCGAACAAUCUGUUUAUUUUUAUUUUUUAAAUUAUAGUUUUGUUUGUUUAGGAAUGUCAUUUUCUUUGUAAUUUGAGUGUUUCACAUUUUUGUGAAGUGAUCACGAUCUUCUGUGAAGAACUUUUGUCUUAGCCAUUUUUCUACGGCAAAAUGAGCUACAAAAAUAAAAUGUUAAAAAAUAAUGCUUUUCAAACAGUGUGUGUUCCACGUGUUUUAUAGUGAAAAUUCCUGUUUCAUACACGUGUUAUUUGAAAGUGAAUCUGGAGCCAGUCAUCACAAUAAUUUAGCGAAGU